ACUUUCUUCUAAACUUCAUAAAUCUACGGACUUUGGUUAACCAAGCUUUGUUUUUCUUUCUUAUGUCUCUUGAGUUGUAGAUGCAAAGGUUAGGGAAGCCUCUCUUCUUUUUAUUUUGGGGGAUUUUAAUGAAAACCCACUUUGAUUUUCUUCUCCAGCUUUAGGAUAAGUGGGAAAUCAAAAACCCAUUUCUGUUCAAGGCCUGAUUUGAAGCUGGGAGAAUUUGGUUGGUGUAUUGGGUAACAUGCGCUCUCUGAAUUCUGAUUUCUUUUGGGGUUGUUUAUUUAUAGAUUCAGAAUUGUUGGUUUUGCAUGAAUAUUGAUUUAUAUCUCAAUUUGUGGGUUAAAAAGGAAAUCUUGAUAUCUCCAAAGAACAAAUAACUGAGACGCUGCUAUGGUGCUAGAAACUUGUGGUUCUAGCUUCUUUCUUGCUUUACCUGAUGAUGUGUUUGCUAUUAUACCUCGGUCCCUUUCACCAAAGGACAUAUGUAAUCUGAGUAUAUGUUGUAAAAGUUUAUGUGCACUUGUUUCCUCUGAAAAGAUUUGGCUCACUCAAUGUGAUUUAGUUGCAAUUGUUCCUACGAGGGACCUCGUGGAGUGGAGGGAAGGUGUAGUAUCUUACAAGGCGCUUUGCCGCUUCCUUGUUAGAGUAAAGCCAUUGCUUGGCCUUUGGGUUCACCAGAAUCCUGAGCUUGGCAAUGUAGUGUAUGUAAUGCCUGGUUUCGUUUCUGUUGUUGGAUGUCGAAUAAUUCCACAAGAGCUUGGUCCCUUGGGAAUUGAGGAUGGCCCCAUUCUUUGGGCACCGGUGUUUGAAAUUAUUGGUGAUUUUGAUGGUUCCGCCACAUUUCUUCUUCAUGGUAGGGAGAAAGGAUGUGACUAUUUAUAUCCCGGUUCAGUGGAAUCUGUGGAGCGGAAUUGUAACGUGCUUUUGCUUGAGGUUGAGCCUAAAGCAAAAAGGAAUGGAUGUAAACUAAUCCAUAGUAAGAGCUUUGCUCAUCACUCCAAUGAGGAGAUUUCAAGAAAGGUUUGUAGAUCAAAUAGUGGUUUAUUGAGAUCCUCAGGACAGAGUGAGGCCAUGGUUCCUUUUAGUCGGUUAACUUUUGGUGACAGAAGAAAGUUGCUUGAGACUGUUACUAGCCAAAUUUGUUUUAAGGUUACUGAUUCUGUAAGUGGGCCUCUAUUUCCUCGGUUGAGGGAGAAUGCAGAGAACUUCCAAAAGGAUUUGGUGCUUAUGUUGCAGCGAAGAUCACUGCUUCUUCAGAUGUUUAAGUUUGAUAGUGAACUAGGUUGCACAGAUUCGAAGGCAAGUACUGCAAUGCCUGCUGGUCCUAUUCAGUUGGAACUCAGUGACAUUAGAAAGAGCUUUGACCGUUCUAGUUCUUCUAAUUCUCUGAAUGGAGAUGAUGAUCAGACACACAGAAACAAUAGGAAAAGUCUAGGCAGGUACUUCAGAGCUAGCAUUAAGAAAAUUCUUCAGAAACCUAGUUCUGUAAACGGUGGUCGAGCUAUUUCAAAAUGCAAUUCUUCUAGUAGUGAGAAUAGGCAUGCUCAGCUUCAUGAAUUUCUAAAUUCAGGGGAUACUAUAGGGCUGACGUUACAUGCCUCUACAAUGAAGUUAUCAUUUUAUCGAGCUUGGCCUAAUAUGCAUGAUACACGGUUUGCUCUUUACAAGCUGCCCAUGCGGGUUCCGAGGGAGGACCAAGAGUAUGCUGGUUUAUGGGGAGGAACAUUCGGUUGGCCUCCUGGAAGGCCGACUGAAGACAAGCCUGGUAAAGCUCUGUUCUUUCUUUUGCUCUCUUAUGAAGAGACAGAGGGAAAACAGCUUCUCAUUGCAACUAAAAUAUUGGAAGGCACCCACUAUGUUCUGCACCCAAACGGUUCUGCAAUGUUCACUGUAAAUAUUGAUGAUCCUUCACCGGACCCAUUUCCCUGGGAUAGUGAUGCAGAUUCACAUCCUGUCAAUGUGAAGCAUGCUUUUACGGGAGAAGGUAUUGCAAAUGGAUAUGGUUUUAGAUAUCCUGGCUCAAAGCCUGGCUCACUUUUUGUCAUUCAAAAUGGUCUGCUUGCCUUCAUGUGGAAGGAAUCGAGAGUUGUCUUGACCCUGCAAAGACUCGAUUUGCAAGACCUUUUGAAGAAAGGUGAACAGGUGCCUGCUCUACCUCCAAUUGCCAACUUUUCAUAUUUGACCAAGUCCUACUCAAAUGUGUUCACUGGGUUCUCCAACGCCUCAACAUGUUCAUCUGCUCUAAGGCAAAUGCAUGUUUAGGUCACCAAGGGGUACUGGAAUAAAUUGCAAAUACUCAACUAUUGUUUCUAUGCCAGUUUAUCAUGUGGAGCAGGUUGUUUCCAAAACAACAAUGAGGAUUAUCUCAUUGUGUUUGUAUUCUUGUGCUUCCGGUGAAGAUGUAUGGUUAAAGGCUCGGUAAUAUAUAGCCUACAAAGGAGAGACUGUAUUUCGAAGAUAUGGUACAAGUUUUCUCCGUUAACUUUUUUCCUUUUUAGAUAUUAUAUUGACACACUUAUAUGAAGAGUGGUAAUAAGCAUAUCUUGUAGUGGGAAUCCACAUUGUUGUUGAAAUUAUCCUUCUUCCCUCUCCUCUUCCUGUACUUUCUCAGAGAAAGGAGAGCCAGUUGAAGUUGUUAAUAUCCAAUAAAAUCGAAUGUUCGGGAAGAAUCAAAUGGUUCUAUCGGUUUUUCAAGGAUAUACCAGGAUUUCGGUUAAGCGGUAUAGAUAUCGUUGUGAUGUGAGGUAGAGAUGGAAGGAAGGGGAAGAGGAAGAGGAGGGAGUUGAUGUAU